AUGCCUCCGCCUUCCCGCAUUCUCCGCACUCGCGCCGUUAUGAACGAGAACAUUGAGCCCGCUGCGGCCGCUACGACGCGUGUUACCCGCGCUAAGGCUGCUGCCACCGACGGCGGUAUUGACGCGAAGAAGACAAAACGAUCAGCUACGACUGCCGGAACGACCCGUCGUCGCCCCCUUGAAGAUCGGAGCAAUGUUAGCAAAGCUGGUAUCAAUGACGUGAAAGAUGGAAAGAAGACUGCAGCUGGCAAGGCUGGUCUAGCCUCGAAAGCUACCACUGCCAAGGUCUCUGCUCAAACUGGAGGUGUUCAGAAGCUGAGCCGAACCUCGUCGCGCAAUGCACUCGGCUCCCGUACCGCCAACAAGCCCGAGAUCAAGAGCCCCAACCGGUCGGGCAGUGGAGCUGGUGCUAUCAGCGGCAGCGGCCGCAAGCGUAUAUCAAAGUCUGACAAUGAUGACUCUGUCCAGGCUGAGGAGCCUCCUCUCAAGAAGUCUACCCACAACAAGACUUUGGCUGCUUUUGAGAAGAAGGCCGCGGAGGCACAGGCCGCCUACGAGGCCGCCAAGCUCGACGCUAAUAUCGUGGAUGAAGAGGUGGACGAAGCCACUGUGCCUGAUCUUGAUGCGGAGGAUCUCGAAGAUCCGUUGAUGGUCGCCGAAUAUGUUGUAGAGAUCUUUGAUUAUCUGCAGGAACUCGAGAUGACUACCCUCCCCAACCCCGAAUAUAUCGACCACCAGCCCGAUCUCGAGUGGAAGAUGCGCGGUAUCCUGGUUGACUGGUUGAUUGAAGUCCACACUCGUUUCCGCCUGUUGCCGGAGACUCUGUUCCUUGCUGUGAACAUCAUCGACCGAUUCCUUUCCGCUGAGGUGGUCGCCUUGGACCGUCUGCAGCUCGUCGGUGUCACUGCUAUGUUCAUUGCGUCAAAGUAUGAGGAAGUUCUUUCGCCCCAUGUUGCAAACUUUAGUCACGUCGCCGACGAGACUUUCUCUGACAAGGAGAUUCUUGAUGCUGAGCGCCACGUCCUCGCUACACUCCAGUACAACAUCAGUUAUCCUAACCCGAUGAACUUCCUUCGUCGUAUCUCGAAGGCCGACAACUACGACAUUCACACUCGUACUCUCGGCAAGUACUUGAUGGAGAUCAGCCUCCUUGAUCACCGUUUCAUGCCUUUCCCCCAGAGCCAGAUUGCCGCUGCCUCCAUGUAUCUAGCCCGCCUCAUCUUGGAUCGCGGUGGCUGGGAUGCCACCCUCACUCACUACGCCGGUUACACCGAAGAAGAGAUCGACCCUGUUUUCCGCCUCAUGAUCGAUUACCUCCAUCGCCCUGUCUCUCACGAGGCAUUUUUCAAGAAAUAUGCGAGCAAGAAGUUCUUGAAGGCUUCCAUUCUGACCCGUUCUUGGGCCAAGAAGUACCACCACAUCUACGCUACCGAGGAUUCUUACACCUACACCAAGGAGCAUGAGCACGAGCAGUAG